GGAGCCGGGGCGGCGGCGGAGCCGGGGGACGGCAGGAGCGGGGUGGCGGGCCGCGGGUGGAGGCCAUGGGCAAGGAUUACUACCAGACGCUGGGCCUGUCCCGCGGCGCCUCGGACGAGGAGAUCAAGCGGGCUUACCGCCGCCAGGCGCUGCGCUACCACCCGGACAAGAACAAGGAGCCCGGCGCCGAGGAGAAGUUCAAGGAGAUCGCCGAGGCCUACGACGUGCUCAGCGACCCGCGCAAGCGCGAGAUCUUCGACCGCUACGGGGAGGAAGGCCUGAAGGGUGGCGGUUCCAGCGGCGGGAGCAGCGGUGGUACUAAUGGGACCUCUUUCAGCUACACAUUCCAUGGAGACCCACAUGCUAUGUUUGCGGAGUUCUUCGGUGGCAGGAAUCCCUUUGAUAACUUUUUUGGGCAGCGGAACGGGGAAGAAGGCAUGGACAUCGAUGACCCUUUCUCUGCCUUUCCAAUGGGCAUGGGGGGCUUCACCAACAUGAACUUUGGCCGCUCCCGAGCCACCCAGGAGCCCACCCGAAGGAAGCAAGACCCUCCUGUCACCCAUGACCUUAGGGUCUCACUUGAAGAGAUCUACAGCGGCUGCACCAAAAAGAUGAAGAUCUCCCACAAGCGGCUGAACCCCGACGGAAAGAGCAUUCGCAACGAAGACAAGAUCUUGACCAUCGAAGUGAAGAGGGGUUGGAAAGAAGGGACCAAAAUCACCUUUCCAAAGGAAGGAGACCAGACCUCCAACAACAUUCCAGCUGACAUCGUCUUUGUUUUAAAGGACAAACCGCACAACAUCUUCAAGAGAGACGGCUCUGAUGUCAUUUACCCAGCCAGGAUCAGCCUUCGAGAGGCUUUGUGUGGCUGCACGGUGAAUGUCCCCACUCUGGACGGCAGGACCAUACCCGUCGUGUUCAAAGAUGUCAUCAGGCCUGGCACACGACGAAAAGUACCUGGAGAAGGCCUCCCCCUCCCCAAAACGCCCGAGAAACGCGGGGACCUAAUUAUUGAGUUUGAAGUGAUCUUCCCUGAAAGGAUUCCCCAGACAUCAAGAACCGUACUUGAACAGGUUCUUCCUAUAUAGCCACCUGCAUUCCCCGAGGACUGACCAGGGACCUUUCAGAGCUCAAGGAUUUCCAGAUCAUUCCACCAGUGUGGGCCCACGAGCGGGCGGGAGGGCUUUCGUACUGCUGAAUGUUUUCCAGAGAAUAUAUUACAAUCUUUCAAAGUCG